AUGAAGAGGCAGUCCAAGCUGUCAGGUGCAGAAAACAAUAAAAGAAAAAAGGAGGAAGAGGAAAAACGAGCCCAAAGUAGAGGGGAGAAAAUCAAAAGAACAUGGCUGCCAUAUUCCAAGAAAAAAGAUAGUUUAUACUGUUUUUGUUGCAAACUCUUUUCCCAGAAAACAUUUAAACUAAGCAGAGAUGGCUUUAAUGACUGGAAAAACUGCAGUGACUCACUCAAAAUGCAUGAGAACAGUCCAGAACAUACAAAGAAUAUGGGGUCAUGGAAAGAACUGGAGAGUCGUAUUGAAAAGGGGCAAACAAUUGACAAAGUUGAGCUGGCACUAAUAAACAAUGAACAACGUAGGUGGCGAGAGGUACUUACCAGGUUCGUGGCUAUAAUUCAUAGUCUGGCAGAGCGAAAUCUUCCUCUCAGAGGGUCCACAUACACACUUUACCAGCCCAAUAAUGGGAACUUUCUGAAAGAAGUUGAACUCAUGGCUCAGUUUGACCCUGUUCUCAAAGAACAUAUUGCGAAGGUGCAAGGAGGUGCCAGUCAUACGUCCUACCUAGGCAAUAUUAUUCAAAAUGAGUUUAUUGACUGCAUCAGUAAGAGGGUUGUGGAGGGCAUGGUAACCGAAAUUAACCCUUAA